AUGCCGCCCAAGUUCGACCCCAACACCAUCCAUGAGGUGUACGUGAGGGCGACGGGCGGCGAGGUAGGCGCCGCCUCCUCGCUGGCGCCCAAGAUCGGCCCCCUGGGACUGGCGCCCAAGAAGAUCGGCGAGGACAUCGCCAAGGCCACCGCGGGCGAGUGGAAGGGCCUGCGCGUGACCGUCAAGCUGACCGUACAGAACAGGCAGGCCAAGGUGUCGGUCAUCCCGUCGGCCGGCGCGCUCUGCAUCAAGGCGCUGAAGGAGCCGCCGCGCGACAGGAAGAAGGAGAAGAACAUCAAACACAAUGGCAACCUGUCUCUGGACGAUGUGAUUGAGAUCGCGCGGAUAAUGAGGGACAGGAGCUGCGCGAAGACGCUUGCAGGGACUUGCAAGGAGAUCCUGGGGACUUGCUUGUCUGUGGGCUGCACUGUGGAGCACAAGGACCCCAGGGAGGUCCAAAAAGAGAUUGAUGAGGGCGAACACGACAUUGUUGAGUAG